AUGAUGCAUCUCAACGGUACUGAAAUUUAUAUGCAUGAAUAUGGAAAACUACAAAAAUCGAAAAGAAAACAAAAACCUGAUAGAGUUAAUGAAGCUGAAGAACGAGAAGAGGAGGAUUCAAACGAUGAUAAUCAGGACAUCAAUGAUACAGAAACUGAGCGGACAGAAUCGGAAGAAUUAAGUUCUCGAAACCUAAAAAUUAACGUUGCUGAGAGUUUGGCUGUAACAGUGCGGGAUGAUGAACAACGUGAAUGCAUGAAACAGAUUUCUAUGAGUGAAGCAAUACCACCAUCUACCAAGAAUUUGCGACAGCAUGGCCAUAAUGAGGCAUCCAUACCAAUGCCUCGCCUGAAGAAGCAGACAGCAGAACGGCGUGAAGAACAGAAUCAGGAAGCUUAUUCGCAUAUAUCCGUGCACGAACGAUUUGAUAUUCGUGAUAUGAUUCUGAAACCUUUAAAAAACUGCAAACAGUGCGGAUAUUGUACUCCCUGCGGAAUAAAAAGAUGCUUCUUAAAUGAUGUUGUGGUAGCGGAAAAUAAUGGAGGAGGUGAUGUAUCAGAUGCAGGGAGUCAAGUAAGACUUACUUCUCGGAUACGUCGGUAUUUGCCACUUGUUCAAAGGCACGACUCAUCGGUUGUAGAAGAUGAAAUAGAUAUUCUCACUCCUGAUUUCACAAAUAAAAGAGAUCUUACCAGUUUAAAAGAAAUUUUGUUGCGUCAGAAACGAGAUCAGAGAGUACUGAAGAGACGAUUGCAAGCUCAAAAGCGAGCUGAGUUAGCAAUCAUUGCAAAAUACGAAGCGAAGCAAAAAGCGAUUUCCAGUUCAAUUGAACUUCUAUUGCAAAUUUUACAAAUGAUGACUUCGUUUGCGAUUCUCGUUGGUAAUAUUCGCAAAACAUUUAUUCCUGCUCACUUUAAGUGGGUUAAGCAUGAUAAUAAUGACAGUAUGGAAUUGAUGAUACUGUGGAGAUGUACAGUAUUUCUUGAUGUGCUUCUGUUUUGGAUUAGUGUUAUUUGGGCUUAUUGUUUGCAAUGUCAUUUAUGCUGUCGACUUGGAUUAUUGAAAUUUUGGAUAUGGAUAUUGACGUUGGGGCUAAUUGGAGGUGUUUUCGUAUUGUAUCCAAUGUCCUACGUUCAAGAUAAUCUGGAUGUAAGCUGGUGUCGGUUUAAGCCGAAUAGUUCAUUUGCGCAUUAUCAACCGAAUUGGUAA